AUGUUAUCCUCUCAACCACUUAUUUCCAGUCCAACUUCGAUUCACUUCACUGGUUUUCACUUUGUUUUCCCUUCUGAUAUCCUUAUAACCUUCUGGUACUCUCUUGUACCUUCGAAAUUUUUAUACCUUUUGUUUUCUUGUACCUUCUGUUACCUUCCGAAAUUUUUAUACCGGUUUUCUUUUUACCUUCUGUACCUUCCGAAAUUUUUACACCGGUUUUCUUUUUACCUUCUGUACCUUCCGAAAUUUUUACACCGGUUUUCUUUUUACCUUCUGUUACCUUCGAAAUUUUUACACCGGUUUUCUUUUUACCUUCUGUUACCUUCGAAAUUUUUACACCGGUUUUCUUUUUACCUUCUGUACCUUCCGAAAUUUUUACACCGGUUUUCUUUUUACCUUCUGUACCUUCCGAAAUUUUUACACCGGUUUUCUUUUUACCUUCCGAAAUUUUUACACCGGUUUUCUUUUUACCUUCUGUUACCUUCCGAAAUUUUUACACCGGUUUUCUUUUUACCUUCUGUACCUUCCGAAAUUUUUACACCGGUUUUCUUUUUACCUUCUGUACCUUCCGAAAUUUUUACACCGGUUUUCUUUUUACCUUCUGUUACCUUCCGAAAUUUUUACACCGGUUUUCUUUUUACCUUCUGUUACCUUCCGAAAUUUUUACACCGGUUUUCUUUUUACCUUCUGUACCUUCCGAAAUUUUUACACCGUUUUUCUAUCUUCUUUUCUCUUCUAUUUUUUUCUAUACGCCUAUCUUUGCCCUUUUCUUACACUUACACUUCGCAACUCCUCUUAUUUAUUCGCCUGCGUAUCUCUCUUUUCCUCUCUCUCUACAUUUUAACAUCCUCUUCCUCCUCCUUUUUUUUCUUAUUCUCACCUUUCAUUUCAUUCACUCUCUCUUUCUAUUUAUUUAUAACUUGUGCCAACCUUUCUCUCCUUUUUCUCCUUACUUUUCCUCUUUUUAGUAUUCUUUCUUCUAUUCCCUUUUUACUUUCUUUUUUUUUUUCUUUCAUGACCCUUUUUACUUCUUGCUCUAAAACUUUGCCAGAACGAACCUUUUUUUCUCUCCUUUUUCUUCCUUUUCUUUUCUCUUUUCUUUUCUUUCUUUUUCUUUUCCUCCUCUUUUCUUUUCUCUUUCUUUCCCUCUUUCUUUUCUCUUCCUUUUCUUUUCUUUUUCUUUUCUUUUCUCUUUUUCUUUUUUUUCUUUUUCUUUUUUUUUUUUUUUUUUUUUUUUUUCUCUUUUCUUUUCUUUCUUUUUUUUCUUUUCUCUUUUUCUUUCUCUUUCUUUUCUUUAUAUUUUCUCUUUUCUUUAUCUCUCUUUUCUUUCUCUUUCUUUUCUUUUUCUCUUCAUUUUUUCUCUUUUUUUUUCUCUCUCUUUUCUUUUCUUUCUUUUCUUUCUCUCUCUUUUCUUUUCUUUCUUUUUUUUUUUUCUUUUUUUUUUUCUUUUUCUUUUCUCUUUUUUUUUUUCUUUCUCUUUUUUUUUCUCUCUUUUUUUUCUUUUCUUUUUUUUUUUUUUUUCUUUUCUUUUCUUUUUUUUUUCUUUCUUUCUUUUUUUUCUCUUUUCUUUCUUUCUCUCUUUUUUUUUCUUUCUUUUUUUUUCUUUUCUUUUUUCAUUACAAGAGAAUUCUCUUUUUUUUCUUUUUCUUUUUUUUCUCUCUUUUUUUCUUUCUUUUCUUUUCUUUUUUCAUUUUCUUCAUUUUUCUUUUCUUUUCUUUCUUUUUUCUUUUCUUUUUCUUUUUUUUUCUUGAUUUUUUUCUUUUUUUUUUUCUUUUUUUUUUUUCUUUUUCUUUUUUUUUUUUUUCUUUUUUUUUUCUUUUCUUUUUUUUUCUUUCUUUCUUUUUUUUCUCUUUCUUUAUUUAA